CACUACAUUGAUUUACUUUAACACGUAUAUGUAUGUACUCUCGUUUUCUAAUUCCUUCUUCGACUCGAGCUUUAUCUUCCGCUUUCAACACUCACCUUAACAGCAGUCAUCAGCUUUCUCCCUGCUACUCGAAAUAACACCACAAAGCGAAAAUUUCCAUCAGUGAUCGUGAGAUCAAUGGCGUCUGGAGGCCAAACAUUCCCACCCCAGAAACAGGAAACUCAGCCUGGCAAAGAACAUGCCAUGGACCCGACUCCCCACCAUUCUAGCCAGGAUUAUAAGCCUGCCAACAAGCUUCGGGGCAAGGUAGCGCUUGUGACUGGAGGGGAUUCUGGCAUAGGACGAGCAGUCUGCCAUUGCUUUGCCCUGGAGGGCGCAACCGUGGCCUUCACUUACGUUAAGUCUCAAGAAGAGAAAGAUGCGCAAGACACACUUGAAUUGCUAAGACAAGCCAAAGCUCCUGAUGCAAAGGAUCCAAUGGCGGUGCCGACCGAUUUAGGAUUUGAUGACAACUGCAAGAAGGUGGUUGAUGAGGUUGUGAAUUCCUAUGGGAGAAUUGAUAUUCUGGUGAACAAUGCUGCAGAGCAGCAUGCCUUGAAACACAUGAAGGAAGGUAGCAGCAUAAUAAACACAACAUCCGUGAAUGCAUACAAGGGGAAUGCCAAGCUUCUUGAUUACACUGCUACAAAGGGUGCAAUAGUUGCAUUUACUAGAGGACUUGCUCUUCAGCUUGUUGAGAGGGGAAUACGUGUUAAUGGCGUUGCCCCUGGUCCAAUUUGGACACCACUGAUUCCGGCUUCGUUUACUGAAGAGGAAUGUGCGAAUUUUGGGAAACAAGUGCCAAUGAAGAGGGCUGGUCAGCCUAUAGAGGUGGCCCCUUCGUAUGUUUUCCUGGCUUCUAUCCCUGAAUCCUCCUAUAUAACUGGCCAAGUCAUUCACCCGAAUGGCGGGACCAUUGUCAAUGCUUAAAGCCUCUUUGGGAGUCUUUUUGUCUGUUUCAUGGAAAGCUGGGAUCUGUUUUGUGAUAGUUUUAAAUAGUGUACGAAGUAUGUGUUGUAUGUUUUGUACCAUGGUUCUAGAGUGGCAUCAAUAAAAUAAUACUCCACUUCUCUCUUCAAGAUA